AUGUCUGAUGGUAGUGUAUUUCUAGCUGCAGAUGAUUACCAAUCGCCUGAGAUGAUUAGCCAGGGACGACAAGAUACAAUGACCCUUCCGGCGGAUCGCGACUCCGUCAAGAUCUUCAGUCGCAUCCAUGGCUCCCAGACGAACAAGCAGAAGGCGGAGCUGAUGGAAGAGGCUGGGCUCCACUGGAAGGAAAACGCCGGGCCUGACACGGAUCUCAGUGAUCGACCCCUUUCCACGCCACCCCGGUUGAUGGCUAGCAGCCACACGGAGACGGCGUACACUGUGCCCGAUAUGCGAGUGGUGAUUUGA